AUGGCUCCCUCCGCCCUCGCAACCCCCGCGGCGACCGCCGCCGCCCCCUCCAACGGCGUUGCCAAAUCCACCCCUGCCUACGCCGAACUCGACGCCUCCAAACUCACCUAUGAACGCACCAAGUCCCCUCGUCCCGUCCCCACCGUCGAAGCCGCCACCGCCAGCUCCGACUCCAUCUGCACCGACCACAUGAUCACGGCCACCUGGACCGCCGGCACCGGCUGGGCCGCCCCCCAGCUCAAGCCUUACGGCCCCUUCUCCCUCAUGCCCACUGCCUCCGUGCUCCACUACGCGACCGAAUGCUUCGAGGGUCUCAAGGUCUACCGAGGCCACGACGGCCGCCUUCGCCUCUUCCGCCCGGACUGCAACGCCCGCCGAAUGGUCAUGUCGUCCACCCGUAUCUCCCUCCCCGGCUUCCCCCCCGAGGAGCUCGAGAAGCUUCUCAUUGCCCUCCUUGCCGUCGACGGCCCCAGGUGGAUCCCUAAGUCCCGUCCUGGAACCUUCCUCUACCUCCGCCCCACCAUGAUCGGUACCCAGUCCCAGCUCGGCGUCAUGGCCUCCCGCGAGGCUAUGCUCUACAUUAUCUGCACCUUCAUGCCUUCCCUGGAUUCUCCCGCCGGCGGCCUCCGCCUUAGGACGUCUCCCGAGGACAUGAUCCGCGCCUGGUCCGGCGGCUUCGGCUAUGCCAAGGUCGGUGCCAACUACGGUCCUUCGCUCCUCGCUACCGCCCUUGCCAAGGAUGACGGCUUCCAUCAGAUUCUCUGGCUGUACGGCCCCGAGGGUCUCUGCACCGAGGCCGGUGCCAGCAACUUCUUCAUCCUGUGGAAGCCCCGCGAGGGCGGCAAGCCCCAGCUCGUCACUGCCCCUCUCGACGACAAGAUCAUUCUUGACGGUGUCACCAGGAGGAGCGUCCUUGAGCUCUUCAGGGAGAGGUGUCCCGAGAUUGAGAUUGUUGAGAGGAAGUAUACCAUCAAGGAGGUUGAGGAGGCUCACGAUGAGGGCAGGAUCCUCGAGAGCUUUGCCGCGGGCACUGCUUACUUCAUCUGCCCCAUCUCCGUCGUCAACCACCGUGGAAAGAACCUCGACGCCCCCAUGGGCCCCACCGGCGAGGGCGGCGAGUACACCCUCAAGGUUAGGGGAUGGCUCAAGGACAUCAUGUACGGCGGUGAGCCCCAGCACAAGUGGGCCGUCAUCAUCCCCGAGGAGGGUGAGGAGGCGUAA